ACGGAAUGACGCAAGGAGGUAGGAAGUGGAAUUGCCUAGAGAAAGAGUUGUACUUCUGAGUUUGCAGCAAUGUGGCCAGUGAUCUACACUGCCAUGCGCACCUAUGCACCCUAUGUGACCUUCCCAGUGGCCUUUGUGGUGGGAGCUGUUGGAUACCACCUUGAGUGGUUUAUCAGGGGCACUCCUAAUGCCCCAGGAGAAGAGCGGGGUAUUGCAGAACUACGAGAGGAUAGAAAAUUAGAGGAACUGGCAGGUCGAGAUGGCACACAGGUCCUCAGCCUGAAGGACAAGCUGGAAUUCUCCCCAAGGGCAGUACUGGAUAAAAACCGAUCAGAAAAGAGUUAAGUUUUAACAGGUGUUGUGAAGUUCUACAAGAUCCCAUGUGACGAUGUGUGAUCUGGCCUACUCAAACCAACGUUGGUCUCACCUUGUCUUACAACAUGUUCCCAGAGAUGGGAACUUGGGAAGCGUAAGAUCAAACUGAAUUUGUGGGAUUUCAUGUCCAAGCAUAUACCACAUCAUUCUGCCUAAUUACAUGGAGACUUUUUGUAUUGUAAUAUUCACCACACCAGCUAGUGGAACUUGACUGCUGAGAGAAUUUUUCAAACGUUCAUUCUUUGAGACUUCUUAAUAUGCAUCUUGUGCCCCUAGGCACACAGACACAUGACUACAUUGCCCAGGCCCACAGACGCAUGACUACAUUGCCCAGGCCCUAACUUAGAAAGCUUUGAUAAGAUUUCCAUUUGUGCUUCAUGAUUAAUGCUCAUGAGACUGAAGCUGAAAGUAAGACCUCAUUUGUUAAGUUUGUGUGUAUUUGAAUAAAAGUCCAUCUAUGCAAGGCAAUACUUGAGUGUGAGUGGGACUUGUAAAUGUUUAAGAAGUUUGAACUGUAUUGAUAAAGAGAUUAACAGUGUUCAGGACAUCAGAAAAGGUCCCUCGUUAUUAGUGUAAUCUGCUUAUUAGUAAUAAUAAACACAGUGAAUAGGUAGGAAUGUUGGAUGCCUCAUUUUGCCUCCGUGUUUAUCUUUUCAUAUUAUAACUGACUUCAGUUGUGUUGACAGAAAGAUUUAGCCUAUAUUUCAAAACAAUAUGGCAUCUGUCUACACAUGUAGUGACUGGGUAAGGUUGCACCAGCUAUGCGUAAAUUCUCAUACUAAGGGCUUAGUAACUACUAGUUAGUUUAUAACUAAGUCAGUGCUUAAUUCGGUUGCACCACCUGUUCUUAAGGCAGAACUUCACUAUUUUUUUUUUUUUUUUUUUUAGGCAGAACUUAACUAGUAGGUCAAACUCUCCAUAAAGUGAUGCGUAGUCGCACAGAAUGACAUAUAUUUUUUGUAAUCCAAUCAGCAGCCUUCAAAUUUGUAAACCGGAACCGCGCGCAUCAUUUCAAGCUGCUGUCUUGUGUGAACUGUCAAACAAAGAUGUGAAAUCUAAAAAGUUACAUUAACACGUUUAAUUUAAAAUGUCUUUCAUAGCCUACACAUGGACAAAAGAAAUAUGUAUGCUGUCGCCUAUAACAUUUUGCAUUGAUUCAGUGGCAAAAUACGCAACUCCAAUACGCUUGGAGGCUUGGAGAGAGUGCGCCGUUUCGGUCUGUUUCAUGUUGGAUAUAAGUCGAUAUCAAAUCAGUUAUCCGCAUUAUUCUCUCUCUCUUUUAAACCUCAAACGAGCAUAUGUUCACAUCAUCAUAAAUAUCCAAAGGACGAUCGUCUCGUAAAACUCGUCGACGAAUUUGCGGUUCAUUAUCAAUGAUAAUCUCAUCAAUGUACUCUAAUCUGGCUGCCAUGAUCAUUACAUCUAUUCGUUAUUCACGGGCUAAAGCUGCCGUAAAUGUUUUGUUUAUACGUAGGGUUACGUCCUACGUAAGUUUAAUGGUAGAACGCUCAAAUAUUUAGUAGUGUGUAAAUUGUGAGUUAGUGCCCAAUUACUCAACUAUUCUAAAUUUGAAUUUACGCACAUCUGGUGCAACCGGCCCCUGGUUUCUAACGCAUCAUCACAGCUAGAAGUAGCUGAUAAUUGCAAAAAAUCUCUUUUGUGCUAAAGUGUUAGGGAGGGUUGUUGAAAAUUGCUUUGUUUUUCACCUUGAAUGUCAGUCUGAAUACUUUGGUUUGCCACUGCAGUGUAUCACUGAACUGAAAUAUAAUGUAAUCACAUGGAAUUAAUGUGUUUAAUGACACAA